AUGACGGCUGACGAGCAACAACAGACGACGGACGAGAACGAUGCCCGAGUCUCUGCCGCCGGCCAGAUCGAGUACUGGGGCCGGCAGUCGGUCGACGUGGACGGCAUGCUCGGCGGCUACGGGCACCUGUCGCGCGUGGACAUCCAGUUCUCUCGCAAUUUCCUGGCCAAGCUCCGUCGACUGUAUCCCCCCGUCUCAUCAGCGAGGAGUAGGGGUGAUGGUGGCAGUGGCAGCAACAAAGAAUCAUCAUCGUCAUCAUCAGCUUCAUUAUCGACCGGCGACAGCAGCACCGGCACCGGCACUGGCACCAGCCCGACGAAAUCCCCCACGAAAUACGUGUUCCGAUCCUGCCUCGAGACCGGCGCGGGGAUCGGGCGGGUCACGCUGAACCUGCUGGCGUCGCAGUGCGAGACGAUCGACGUGGUCGAGCCCGUGGAAAAGUUCACCGCCCGGCUGACCGCGCCGGACGCGCCGCUGGUGAAAUCGGGGCAGCUGCGGCGAGUGUACAACUUGCCCCUGCAGAAUUGGACGCCGGAGUCGCUUCCGUCCUGGGAGAACUCGACGCCGCCGCCGCCGACGACGAAUGGCGAGCCCCCGAUAAUCGAGCAUGGAAGCGAGGGGGCCCGGCCCGGCCGGUACGACCUGGUGUGGAACCAGUGGUGUCUCGACUUCCUCUCGUCGCACGAGCUGGUGCGCUACUUCCGCAGCCUGAUCCCGCUGCUCGCGGCGCCGGACGGCUGGAUCAUCGUGAAGCAGAACGUCUCGACCGCCGGCGACAAGGGGGACCAGGACACCUUCUGGGAGGACGAGUGCAGCGUCACCCGCAGCGACCGCCACUUGCGCGCCCUGUUCGAGCAGGCCGGCCUGGUCCUCGUCCAGACCCUGCGCCAGACCGGGUUUCCCGAGCGGUUGCUGCCCGUGCGCAUGUACGCGCUGAGGCCGGCGGCAUGGGCGGGAAGGGCGGGAGGGGGUCGCUCGGAGGGUGUGAAGGGUUGA